AUGAAGGGAGAUACCGCCGAGGAGCUGAGCCGCAUCCACAACGCUGUCACCGCCGCAGUCAACGCACAGGAGAGCAUCGGACGUCCUAUCAACUCGCAUGGGAUGGACCUGUUCAACCACCUGGUCGUCGAACUGUUCGACGCACGCACUCGUCUCGAAUGGGAGUCAACCACUUCAGACUCCACCGAACCACCACAGAACGAGGCACUUCUCGACUUUAUUAGUCGACGAGUAUUGACGCUCAACGCCGCACGACCGAGGAGUGUCACAAAGGGACCUGGAGAAACAUCACGAUUCGCCAAAGCGCACGUCACGAAGCACCAAGGCGCGGAUUCACCUCACUGUGCACUGUGCCGUGAAAACCAUACCUUGAUGACGUGCAAAAGCUUCAAGGCCAAGACUGCGGUUGAGCGGAAAACGUUCGUGGAGACCAACCGACUGUGCUUCAACUGCCUAGGCAAUCAUUUCUUAGCACGGUGUCAGUCAAAAAAGAAUUGCCUCACCUGCAACGCACGACACCACACCAUGCUGCACGGGGCAUCCACAUCAACACCAUCCGCUGAGGCCACUUCACUUGCCACCACACUGGUCACUGCACGGCAAGCUAAGACGCACAAGGCCGUCCUUCUCGCAACCGCUCGCGUCAAGGUCGCUGAUCGAUACGGAUCACCACACGAGGUUAGAGUCUUGAUAGAUCAGUGCUCCGAGGUGUCCAUCAUCUCUGAGGCUCUGGCUCAGCGUCUUCGGCUGCCUCGAGCUUCAACGGAUCUGUCCAUCUUCGGCAUCGGAGGGACUCGCUCUGGAUCAGCGCGUGGCAAGGUCACGAUAGACAUCACAUCUGACGUGACCAAUGCCGAGCUUCGCGUGGUGGCCUUUGUGCUGCCGCGCAUCUCAUUGCAACAAGGCACCGCUCAACGUGAAGAUCGUAGCUGGCCUCACAUCCACGGACUUCGAUUGGCCGACCCGCGCUUCCUGGAUGACGAUCCUGCGGAGUUACUUCUGGGAGCAGAAGAACGCGAGCCAGUAGCUGGGACACCGCUCACCGCCGACGAAGCCAGGUGCGAAGACUUCUACGUGCGCACGGUCACUCGCACGUCCAGUGGCAGGUACAUGGUGAGGCUGCCAUGUACUUCACCGCCGCCGACAUCGCUCAGCGAGACUCGUCGACCCGCAGAGCGCCUCCUGGAAGCCAUGGAGCGGAAGGGAGCACGAGAUCCUCGCUUCGGUGACCUCUAUCGAGAUUUCAUGGAGGAAUACGAGAACCUGCAACAUAUGGAGCGCACACGGUCCGGAGAGUCGCUGAACGCACACCUCCUCACUGGAGCCAAUCUCUUGCCAACACUCGCUGAUGUCCUACUUCGUUGGCGUUGGCAUCGGUACGUUCUCGUCACGGAUAUCGAGAAGAUGUACCGACAAAUUCUUGUACAUCCGGAGGAUCGUCGCCUGCAAACCAUCUUGUGGCGCCACACCAGCUCUGAUGACGUCCACGAGUACGAGCUGAGGACCGUGACCUACGGGCUAGCGUGUGCACCCUUUCUCGCCAUCAGGACUCUUCAUCAACUCGCAGCAGACGAAGAGGCACGAUAUCCACGCGGAGUCAAGGCACUGCGACACGACUGCUACGUCGACGACGUGGUCACCGGCGCUGAUAGCUUGGAGGACGCUAUCGACCUUCAGCAGGAACUACGGAGUCUUUGCAUGGUGCUCACCGGAGUUCCACCGGAACAUCGGCAUCAACGCAAACCGCACUCAUGGGAGGGAGAGAGUCACGCUACCUUGGGCCUCCGAUGGCAUCCGCAAGGUGACUGGUUCUCCUUCACCAUACGUCCGCGUGCAAUCACCGACUUCACGAAGCGACGAGUUUUGGCCGAGACGGCUCGACUCUUUGACCCGAUGGGGUGGCUCGCACCUGUCGUCAUCAGAGCCAAAAUUCUGAUUCAGACGACGUGGCUUCAACGGCUGGACUGGGACUCCCCGCUGCCUGAUCAGGACGCACACCGCUGGAGGCAGUUGUUGAAUCAGCUUCCUCUUCUAGAUGACAUCCGCAUAACUCGCUGGCUCAACACUGGGACCGACCAUUCACAACUGCAGCUCCAUGGGUUUGCCGACGCAUCAGAGCGAGGGUACGCCGCCGUGGUGUACAUCCGCAACGCUGCAACAGAGAAAACAUCAAUCAACCUGUUGAUGGCAAAAUCCAAGGUCGCACCUGUCAAGCAGGUGUCGUUACCUCGCUUGGAACUCUGUGCAGCAGCUCUACUUACCACGCUCAUGCUCCACGUGCGCUCUACUCUCGGUUUGACAACGACGCCAGUGCAUCUGUGGUCAGAUUCAAAGGUCACGCUCCACUGGAUUCAAGGACACAGCACCCGCUGGAAAACCUUUGUCGCCAAUCGAGUGUCUCAGAUCCAGACCCUGCUGCCAGACGCUCAAUGGAGACACAUCGCUGGACGAGAGAAUCCUGCAGAUUGUGCAUCACGCGGUGUUACUCCUGACGAACUCAUUAAGCAUAAACUGUGGUGGACAGGACCUACCUGGCUGUCAGGAGACGAGACUGCAUGGCCUUGUUCCGUCAUCGAAGCCGCAGAGGAGGACCUCCCGGAGCAGCGAGCCACCAGUUUGGUGGUCAAGGCACCGAUCACGGCCGAACCUGACCUCCUCCUCCGGUUCCCGACGCUACAAAGGCUGCUGCGAGUUACUGCAUGGUGUCGGCGAUGGCUCAAUCCGGCGAGACGCGACGUCAUACUUGGCCGCACUUUGCAUCCGGACGAGCUGGACGUCGCCUUAUUUCGAUGGCUGCGAGUGGUGCAGGCGCUCCACCUUCCUACGGACGUAGCUGCGGCCUCUGCUGGACGCACUAGUCCACCGCGAAGCCACCUAGCGAGGUUGAGUCCGGUCCUCGAUGAUCAAGGCGUGCUGCGCGUCGGAGGACGUCUCAAGCAUGCUCAGCUACCACUCGACGAAAGACAUCCAAUGAUCAUCCCGGCGGCAUCAUGGUUGACUCGGCUGGUGAUUGAUUCCUGCCACCGACGGACACUGCACGGAGGUGUGCAACUGACUCUCGGCUUGCUCCGCCUGCGUUUCUGGGUGCCCCGAGGAAGGACCACCGUCAAGCAGCAGCUACACCGAUGCGUGACCUGCACUCGAUGGCGCGCCGCAACACCACAGCCUCCGAUGGGUAACCUUCCUCGGGACCGAGUAACGCCAACUCGACCGUUCCUCAGCACCGGUUUGGACUACGCGGGACCAAUCCUCCUCCGGACCAGCAAGGGGCGUGGACACCGUGCGCACAAGGGAUACAUCGCCGUCUUCGUCUGCUUCUGGUCGAAGGCCAUUCACUUAGAAGUUGUCUCGGACUACACCUCGGAGGCCUUCAUCGCCGCGCUACGCCGCUUCAUCUCCCGCCGGGGUUUGUGCGCUGAGAUUUACAGCGACUGUGGCACGACUUUCAUCGGGGCAGAUCGGACGCUGCGAGGUCUCUUUAACGCAGCGACAGCCGAAGCGGCCCCGCACUUUGGUGGUUUGUGGGAGGCCGCCGUAAAGUCGACCAAGUUUCACCUCCGUCGGGUGAUCGGCGAGACCACCCUCACGUUCGAGGAGUUGAGCACACUCCUCGCCCAGAUCGAAGCUUGUCUGAAUUCACGUCCGUUACAGGCACUCUCAGAUGAUCCAGAGGACGUCUCGGCGCUGACCCCCGGUCACUUCCUCGUUGGGGCACCGCUCCUCGCCUUGCCGGAACCGUCAUUGACAGAGCAGACGGUGUCCCCCUUGUCACGUUGGCGUCAUCUGCAGCGGAUGAGGGAUCACUUCUGGCAGCGAUGGUCAUCCGAAUACGUGCACGGACUCGCCCCACGCACCAAGUGGCUCAAGGAUGCACCUGCACCCCACGUCGGCGAUCUCUGUCUCGUGCGCUCCGAGAUCACCCCUCCGAGCCGAUGGCCUCUCGCUCGCAUAUUGCGUUUGCACCCCGGAGACGACGGAAUUACACGCGUCGUGACCAUCCGAACGGCCACGUCCGAGCUCGUGCGCCCACUCGUCAAGCUCGUGUUUCUUCCGGGCGUGAACGACGCGCCUACACCGCACAUUGACACAUAG